AAGCACCCUGCACCAAAUUAUAUUUCUUGUUGAAGACUGUAAUCGAUUGCAAACCAAUGCGGGCACGCAGGCGUCAAGAUUUUAUUUGUUCCAGUAGAAAAAGGCAUGAUAUCAUUACAAAGUAUUGUGAAGAAUGGCAAGGUUGACAGGACAGUUGUUAUCAAAGUUAAUGUGUAGUAAAUCUAAUCGGUCUGUUUCAUUCAGUAUAUCAUUACGAUUCAAAACUACAAAAACUUAUGAUGUCAAAGAAAUCAUACAACUUAAUUAUGAUAACUUUAAUCUUUACGGUCCAAAACUUAAUAGAAAAAGUAAAAAAUUGACUAAAAGUGAGGAAAAAUCAGAAUAUCACACAUCUAGUCCAAUAGAAUCAAAUAAACAGAGUGAAAAAUCUGGUAAACUGACUAAAAGUAAGGCUUCAAAUAAACAGAUUAACAGUGAUAAAGAGAAAUUGGAUAAAAACAGUGAAGAGUCAAAUAAAAACAAUGAGAAGAAAGGAAAUAAAGAAAUUAAGGUGCCGUUCCAGAGGAAGAUUGAUCCUGCUAUAGACUACAUUCUUACCUAUCCUAUGGUAAGAUCUGAGGCAGAGGUUGACAAUUCUGUUUUGGUACAAUCAGCAGGACAUUUAAUUCCAUCAGUGACACGUAUAAUAAGUGAGACAAUGUCUGAUUUGUCGAGGUUUUACUUGGAAAGGUGGAAGAAGAAAAUGAUCAGCGAAUUAGGAGCUGAAGGGUUUAAAAAGCAUCAAGAAGAGACUUUUAGAAAUGGAUCCAACCUUCAUGCAAACAUUCAGCAUUUUUUAUCUGGAAUUCCUGAGUCUGAGUUGAAUAUUUAUAAGGACAAUACAGGACAUUGGGAUAGUAUACGAAGGGUAUUACAAGAUGUCAAAGAAGCGGUUGCCAUAGAAGAAGCAGUCAAGCAUAAAGACCUGUGUUACCAAGGAAAAUUUGAUUGUGUAGCCGUAUAUAAAGACAGACUCUGUUUGGUGGAUUGGAAGACGUCAAAGAAAACCAAACCUACAAUUAAGGAUACCUUUGACAAUCCAAUACAAGUAGCCGCCUACAUAGGAGCCAUUAAUAAUAGUCAGUUACUACAAGACAGAGGAAUGGACCAGAUCACCAAUGGUGCCAUUGUUAUAGCCUAUCCAGAUGGACAACCUGCACAUGUUCACACUAUGGACCAAAAAUUAUGUGAGGAAAACUGGAAGAUAUGGCUAGAACGAUUACAUAUGUACUGGAAAAAGGUUCGGGAAACCAAAUUAAAGUGUGAUGAUAAAAAUAUAUUGACAAAGAAUUUGUAACCAAGUACCAGCACCAGUGUAUUACUGUCAAAAUGGUAUAUGAAACUGAAAUGUUUGUAGAGAGGACAUUAUCGAAUAUGUCCAAGAAUAGUUUUUUUUUCAAGAUCUGAAUUAAACAGAGAUAAAACAAUAACUCAGCAGACGUCACAAUAAAUGGACUGGUUUCAUAUAUAAUACUUUUGUUGUUGUUGAUGGAUACAUGUUACCCUUUUUUUUUGAGAAUACGACCUACCAAAUAAAGAGUAUUAUAAUAUA